UACUGCCACACUCAAUAUGGACGCAGCUUUGGUGCGCUUUACGUGAUGACGUCAGGUUGUGUUUUGACGCUCAGUGCCGCCGCGCUGUCAACCAGAGAGGCAGAAAAGGGAAAACCAGGACAAGGAUAGUUGUCCCGUUUUAACACAGAUUAAUCAUCAUGGCAUUGAGAGGCGCUGUGGGCCGUCUGUUGAUCAACGCUCAGAGAUGUGCCUUCAUCUCAGCGUCCAGGGCCCAGGGAACUGCAGCACCUGCCAGAUGGGAUGCAGAGAAGACUGAGCAGAAGUCGAAAGCCUCUAAACUCCAGUUCAACUGGCUUGAUGCCCUGGACCUAGAGAGCCAGCUGACAGAGGACGAGAUCAUGAUCAGAGACUCCUUUCGGACGUACUGCCAAGAGAAACUCAUGCCCCGCAUCCUUCUGGCAAACAGAAAUGAAGUGUUCCAUCGAGAAAUUGUGUCAGAGAUGGGAGAGAUGGGUGUCCUGGGCCCAACGAUCAAAGGUUAUGGCUGUGCUGGGACAAGCUAUGUGGCCUAUGGUUUGAUUGCCAGAGAAGUGGAGAGAGUGGACAGUGGCUAUCGCUCAGUCAUGAGUGUGCAGUCGUCACUAGUCAUGCACCCAAUCAAUGCCUAUGGCACAGAGGAGCAGAAACAGAAGUACCUCCCCAGGCUGGCUCGUGGAGAGAUCCUGGGUUGCUUUGGCCUGACAGAACCUAACCAUGGUAGUGACCCGGCCGGCAUGGAAACCAGAGCCAAAUACAAUCCGUCCAGUCGCACCUACUCUCUCACCGGCUCUAAGACCUGGAUCACCAACUCCCCAGUGGCAGAUGUUGCUGUGGUCUGGGCCAAAUGCGAUGAUGGGAAGAUCCGCGGCUUCAUCUUGGAGCGUGGCAUGAAGGGACUCUCGACACCUAAGAUCGAGGGAAAGUUUUCCCUGAGAGCCUCGGCAACUGGCAUGAUCGUCAUGGACGAGGUGGAGGUUCCAGAGGAGAACCUGCUGCCUAACGCCACCGGCCUUGGGGGUCCUUUUGGCUGCUUAAACAACGCUCGGUAUGGUAUUGCGUGGGGCGCUCUGGGUGCCGCAGAAUUCUGUUUCCAUGCAGCUCGACAGUACACACUCGACAGAAUUCAGUUUGGCGUGCCGCUGGCAAGAAAUCAGCUGAUGCAGAAAAAAAUGGCUGACAUGUUGACGGAGAUCACGAUCGGCCUACAGUCCUGUCUGCAGCUGGGAAGACUCAUCGAUGAGAAAAAAGCAGCUCCAGAGAUGAUAUCCAUGCUGAAGAGGAACAGCUGUGGUAAAGCCCUCGACAUCGCCCGGCAAGCCAGAGACAUGUUGGGAGGAAACGGCAUAGCAGAUGAGUAUCACAUCAUCCGCCACGUCAUGAACCUGGAGGCUGUCAACACAUACGAAGGUACUCACGACAUCCACGCCCUGAUCCUCGGCCGAGCCAUCACAGGGCUGCAGUCCUUCACUGUGGGCAAAUAGAGCCCAGCGCUCCCUGCUGGAGCCUGCAGUUAAAGAUGUAACAUGCGUGACAGCUCCACAGCAGUUUUCAGAGUAUUUGAAAUAAUUCUAACCUGUAAAGUGGCAAUGUUUGUUUUCUCUCAGGUUUGUAGAAUAUAUGUUUGAAUGCUUUAUUUUGGGUGAAGGAAACAACUCCCAUUAUAGUUGUGCAGUCUCUGUUGUGCAGUGUUGUUAAUGCAGAAGUCAAUUUUUGGUAAACAUAAAGGGCUAUUUUUCUACUCUCAAUCACAACACUUAAGCAAAAAUGUAUUUUCAGCUCCCUUUUUUCCAACAUCAAACUCAUUGUAUAGACAUACAUAGACACUACUGUAGCGAAGUUUUAACAGCUCUGGAUGAGAUGUGCUGCUGGUUACUGAUGUAUACAAUGUUAAUACUGUUAUCACAAAACAACAAAGCAUAAAUUACUUGUUUGGAAUUACCUGUGAUGGCUUUUGGGUUUUGAUCCCAUUAUGCAGAUAUUGUCAUUGUAUAAUUGGUUAAUCUCACACAGAUGACAAGAUGAGCAACCACUGUUAGGUACACCAUGCUGAUUACCUUUAGCACUUUACUGGCUCAAUCAUUAACAUGUCAUUAUUUUGCGUGGUUUACCAGAGGUCAAGAAUGUUGAUCAGAUCUUUAAUAAAUAAAUAAUGUUACACAGUA